AUGGCAGAUGUAGAGCGAGCGCAUGCAGUGGGGGGCAGGCAGCAGCAGCUGCUGCAGCAGCUGCAGCAGCUGCAGCAGCUGCAGCAGCACAGCAGGGACUUGCUGCAGCCCAUCCCGUCGCCUGCAGCAGCAGCAGCAGCAGCAGCAGCAGAACUGAAGACUCUCUACGAAAGGGAAACGAGGGAUAGGGGAGAAGGCAGAGCUGCAGUCGCCCAUUUGCUGCAGCAGGUCACUGCAGCGGAAGCAGCAGCAGCAGCACGGCAGCAGCAGCAGCAGCAGCUGCCUCCUUUUUCCUUCUUCUCCGACGCCGCGCAGCAGCCCCUCGUUUCCAGCCAAAGAAAGAGAAACGCAGGCAGCAGCAGCGGGUUGCGGAGCGGGCUCUCGGGCCGCGUUCGCGCGUCGUCCCCCCCCGCUGCCGCGGCGAGCAGCAGCAGCAGCGGCAGCAGCAGCAGCAGCAGCAGCGGGGCGGGGCGGCGGCGGCGGAGCAGCAGCAGCAGCAGCAGCAGCAGCAGCAGCGGCGGCCGCAGGGCCCUGCUGCUGCGCAGGGCCCAGGCCCUCAAACCCUGGCCCCCAGGGGUCUCCUGGGCCUCCAGCAGCAGCCGCUGGUUUGCUGUUGUGAGGGGCCCCUCGGGGCUGCGGCUGGCUCGGACUUUCCACCCCAGCACGAAGGGGGGAGUGGAAGCAGCAUUUAAGCUCGCCUGCGACUUUGUUGCUGCUGCUAGGCGCAGCAGCAGCAGCAGCAGCAGCAGCAGCAGCAGCAGCGGCGGCGCGGCUGCGCCGGAGGGAGCUGCUGGCGAAAAACGAGCCGCGCACGAUAAGUUGGCGAUGCAGCAGCACCAGCAGCAGCAGCAGCAGGGCAGGCACCAGCAGCAGCAGCAGCACGGGCGCGGGGGCGCUGCUGCUGCUGCUGCUGCUGCUGCUGCAGCAGCAGCAGCAGCAGCGGGAGAGGGGGGAGAGGACAGGGACUUCCGGACUGGCGGGCUGACUCCGAACGAUUUGCUGGUCACGCUGAGAGAGCUGAAGCAGUGCACCGAAGAAGAAGAAGCAGCAGCAGCAGCAGCAGCAGCAGCAGCAGCAGCAGGGGAGGAAGACGAGGCCGAAGAGACGCAGCAGCAGCUGCUGCAGCUGCAGCAGCUGAAGGCUGCUGCUGCUUCUCCGAACUGCUCGAAGGAGGCCCUGGGGGAGCUGCUGCUCUCGAUGCAGCUGGACGGAUUUGCUGCAGCAGAAGCAGCAGCAGCAGCAGCAGCAGCAGCAGAAGGAGCAGCAGAAGCAGCAGCAGAACUGGACUUCGAGAAGGAAAUAGCAGCAGCAAAAAGAAUCAAAGAAAGACUGCUGGCGGAGGAGCAGCUGCGGGCCCUUUUGCUGCCGCUGCGAGACACAAUUGAAGCAAAAGAAAUAAAAGAAAUAAAAGAAAUAAAAGAAACAAAAGAAUUAAAAGAAUUAAAAGAAUUAAAAGAAUUAAAAGAAUUAAAAGAUUCAACUUUUGCUGCUGAUCUUCUGACAGCAAUUGCUGCUAAGGAGGCGCGAGGCAGCCUGGAAAUGCCCAGCAGAAGCAGCAGCAGCCGCAGCAGCAUGCAGCGGGACUGCUGCAGCAGAGGCCCCAGCAAAGCUGCUGCAGGGGUGCCCGGAGCUGUUCAAGCUGCAGCAGGAAGCUGUGAAGCACUGUCUUCUGGACUUGCAGAAGCAAUGCAGACUGUUAUAUCCUUUUGGAGUUUGGGGGGGAAAAGCAAAAGAAAUAAAAGUGCAUUUGGAAGCAGUUGCUGCUGCAGCAAGUUUCCGGGAAAUUCGGGUGUACAUACAGCUCUUCCAAAACUGCCUCUUCAGCGGACUGCUGCCAAGCAGCAUGCAAAAGGAAACUCAGAAGUUAUAUUUUGUUGCUCUUGCUGCAGUAGCGAGCGCGCUGCGAAGCAGGAGGCGGCCAGCAGCAGCAGCAGCAGCAGCAGCAGCAGCAGCAGCGCAGCAGCAGCAGCAGAGAGAGGCGUUCAACGCCGGCUGCUGCUUUCUUUGAGCCGCGCGGCCGCGCUGCUGCAGCAGCAGCUGCGUAAAGGACUUCUAAAGAAAAUGAAAUUCGAAAAGAAAGUUAAAGCCAAACAGCAGCAGCAGCAGCAGCAGCAGCAGCAGCAGCAGCAGCAGCAGCAGCAGGUUGCGGCGCUGAGGUUUUGUCUGUCAAUUUGGACGAGCGGCGAGCAACAAAGGCAUUAA